AUGGACGCAGUUGAAAGCGGUGAGGAGCCCGUGAUCGUCUCACAGCCUGAGGAUGACAUAAACAAGGAAGAACUGGAGAAGGAACUGUUGGCGGUGUGUAUAUUCAUUUAGUCUUUUACUGUGGUUGUAGACAGAGGAAGAUAUUCAGACGUUGAACGAGGCCCUAAAUGUCAAACUCAAACGUCGCAUAGAGAUAAAGAAAAAACUCGGACAUACCGAUUUGUCCACCAUUUCAUUCGAUGUAAAGGAAGAGCUUGCACGAAUUGGGGAAUCAGAAGCGUAAGUAAAGACCCAUUUCGCCCCUCGUCACUCCCCGCAACACACAUUCUUAGGUGUUUUUUGCCACUAAAAUUCACUUUAGUCUCCCUGCCACUCAUUUGACCACUUCUAGGUUCAUUUCCCCUCCCGCCUUCACUUUUUGGCUGCGCAACUUCUAGGCUUGUAUGGUCAUUUUGCCCACCUGAGACUUCAAUAACUCGUUUCGGCAAUACGCAUUGAGCUCGUUCAGAUUUAUCUUUGUUUUAGACAGAAUUUUCUGAGCAGAAAGAAAUGUCCUAUAUAGCUGAAUAGUAGACUCGGCUCAAGGCUGACCUAAAAACAGAUGUAGACACCUCCAUUCUCUGCGUUCCGGUUUGUUACUGUAGCCUCGACUUAAAUUUAUCUGCUUGUCACAUUCUCCAAAGCCUCACCACAUUACUGCUGCUGACCUUCAUAUGUCUCGUUGUGAGAUCGCCAAUUUGUCCUAUGUGGGUCAGUCGUUCUGUUGAGUCCGAAGUCGCCUGGAAAUUUGGCUAGCUGAUAACUACAGGUUACGAAACUUGGGUUUGCUAAAACCUCUUAACGGCCGGCAACCCCUCCCGCAUCUUUGCUUAUACGUGCUUUAAAGGAGCCUUUUUAUACUAGUCAGAUAAUCGGGCUGAAAGUCUUGAGCAAAUGUCGAGCCGCAUUGCCCGCCUUCCUGGUCCAUUCCAGUUCUUGUCUGCUGCCCUUUCUUAGGCGACAGGAAUUUUCAUAAGUAGGGCGUCUGGCCAAUUUCCUUAAGGCAUGCUUGCAACGUUGCUUGCCUGUCGAGUCCUCAAAUAACUAACCAUUAACCAGAUCAACCGUUUAGUGGCAUGGAUGAGGGUGUUGACGUCAGUGUAACUCACUACUGGCAGUGUCUCGUCCCAGCUCGUUUUGUCGUGUAUUCUUGAGACACCUGCGCGAAGACAGUUAACCUAGCUUUUUUUCUAAACAUAAGAAGCUGGCAAAUGAAACACAUGGUUAUGGUGACUGGACAUGAGCUUCACACACCUGCUACAUUUCCGAUCGCUCAUUUUUCUGAAACGGUGUAAAGUUGUUGUUUAAAAUCAGUUAUCGUAUGGUUUGCGGAUAUAGUAACUCUCCUAUCCACAACGGAGAUAAUUAAGAACAUGAUCGCAUAUCCGAAAUCCGUACACAGCCCCAGUCCAAGCUCAAACCAUUGCAUAAGAACAGGAAAUUCCGCACCUUUACAGCAGCUUACAUUCUUGAACGCUGACAAGGUCAUUUUAAAUUGGCCAGUCGAUUCAUAUCCCACGACCGUGGAUAAAAUUGCAACGCUUUUUUGCAGAGGCAGACUGAACAAGCCAAUAUUCGUAAAGUGUUCGUCUCUUCUACCGGAGUUUAGACUUCGGUCCUUAUCCUCUAAUCUCCUUAUUAAUUUUCUUGCACCUUUUACAAAUGUCCCGUUUCCGGGAGAAAUCCACUGGUAACAUUUAGUUUCAGAACGCAUUGAUUUAGUGAGUACGCUGCCAUCGGCCGCCAGGAUAUUUAUCUUAGUGGUUUUCCACGUUCCUUUGAAUGUCCACACAAGCUGGACUAAACCCGUGUAUCUAGGAAGUCAUGUCCACCAGUUUGUAUGCACGCUAAUUUUCGCAAUCUAAUCCGCCUCUAUGAUACGAGUCCUCGUAGAAUACUGGUCAUCAAAUUGGAAAUGACAAAUUCUUCCAGAUGAUGUGCUGGAUGCUUUGGCAUACACAUCCCUCUUAUCAGCCGCGAUACUUAAAUCAGGGCAACAGGAUAUCGAAUUGCCUCAAAGUACAUUUAGAACUAUGGCUGCCUGAUUACGGGACUUUUGCGUUGAAGGAGUUAUUUAUCAGCUCAUAUCUCAAGGCAUCAGAAAGGUCAUUGAAGUCCCCGAGGAUUAUGGCUUUUUGUAGCCCAAAAGAAGUUCCCGGCUCUUCAGGGGGCCGCUACCCUGGAGUGCAGGUGAGGGUUUUGCAUGGCCAAAGGGUCUCAAGGUAUUUUGAUUCCUUGUUAGUAUUUCUGGCGGAGAUUGAGGCAAGAGUACAGCUCCUGAUCUCAGAUGUGAUACGAUCAUCACUAAUUAGGUCUUCAAGCACGACGCUUAUCACAUCUGAGUGCUCAACCACAGACGGUGGACCUUUUUCGCGGCACAAAUAAUGAUAUCUUACAGUAACUGAAUAUAUGCGCUUGAAUUUAAGCAAGGCGCAGCUCACGUGGGGACAUUCGUUAAUUACUACCUGGAUAAAAUUAGGAGUCCUGCCAGCUUAUUUAUUGUGUAUUCGAGCUGUUUGAUUUGACUUCCCGUUCUCACAAGUUAGCCAGGAGAUCCCCUUCGUUCCUGUAUUACGAAGCCAGUAUCGAGAUGCGUUGGCCAUUUCGUGAUACAACUUCAAUUUGCCUGUAAUAAUCUUCAUGGGACUGCAGUUGCCGCCUUUUAGGAAAAAGCCUUCGUGGUUACUUCGUGGCAUGUGCAUCAAGGGGCUUGGGGAUUUCCUUCACGCUUAACACAAGCAUUGGAUUUUCAAAUGAAAACAUAAAAAUUUACUGCAGAAGGAUAAAGAGUAAAGCAUCUCAAGGAGUGAAGCGGUUCAAGGCAAAGGUCGACAUAUCAAACGGCGUACUAAAACCGACGAUCUAAGUGUUAACUCGUAAACCCACUUUUUGCAGAAGACUUGCACCACCAUAUAUUUUGACACCCGUCGUAUGGUUGUUAUAAUGUAAGUUAAUUAUAAUCUGAACCUAAAAAAAUGACGCAACGGAUCCACGAAGGGGGCCCAAGAAACACUGUCAAGCAGGUGCUGGCACUUUUGUGCUAGUGCGUAUCCUACGUCAGCCCCCGUUAGCUCCGACACUAGCAUUAAGUUCAGAAACGUGCCCGUUCACAGCAAAGCGGAUGCGGUUGCUACCGUAGCCACUGCUAUUGAUCGUGUCAAUGACAAGGCUUAUUGAAAUGGUGAUUAUGAAAGAGGAACGAAGAAACUGCGUUUAGUGCCGUUGGCAGUGGCAUUGCUGACGGUAGUGCUUGUGGUGGUGCAGCAGUUGCUGUUGGUGGUGAUGGUAGAGCAGUAGUAGUAGUAGUAGCGGCAGCAGCAGCAGUAGGAGGUUUUGGAAAUGGAUUGAGCAACAGCGAAUGGCUUUCACCCUAAGUUCUCUUGCACUGUAUAGACAGAUAUUUAUCUGAAGAGUCGGCGCUCUAACUUGAUAUCUGUACAAUUUUACUCCCGCUUUCUCUUUUAGCUUCCGAAAAACAACCAGGGCCUUCGGGCAGGCCAGAAGCAAGACGAUUGACGUCGCAGAAGAUGUCAAGGAAAAGGUUAAUGCAACCUUGCAGACCCUUAAGUAAUUCCAAUUCCUCAAUUCACUCAGUUUUGUAGAAAUUCAGAAACUUAUAAAAAUAUAAGCGACUCCAUGGGAUCUGCGCUGGGCACUGUCAAGGUAAAUUCUGUUUAUUGACCCUCCUCACAUUUAUUGCCCCAUCGUUGCAACUGUUACAUUUCGUUUGAGUCAUCUUUAAUGCUGUAUGCCUACGUCGUUGACUGUUUAAGCGCGGCCAGUCGAAUGUCUAAUUGUCGUCUUCUUACAUUACGGUCAGCGGGUUCUUUAUAAAGACGAUCUGUCACUCGUAGAUUUCGGGUAUUUCAGACUGUAGUCACACUCAGCGCAAUUGUCUGGCUUUGUCCGAAAAAUUAAGUUGAAAAGGCCACUGUUUCAUUCAGUCGUCCGGCUUUUGUUCUCUUAUAGGCCUUUGCGAUGCCACGACUGACCGCUUUAAGUUGGGCACCACAACCUCGUUAG